AACAACAACUACAAAUCAAUAAGGAUCACUAUUUCAUCACUGGCUUGUAUCAGUUUAAGCCAAGAGAGGGCAGCACACGUACUGAUGAAGAUUACCAAAGUAAUAGUAGUCAAGAGGAUAUGUUAACGUUUUCAAAAGAAAGGGGUCAUGUCCUAGAUUUCAACGUUAAGGAAAAGAAAACGAAUAGAGACGUUCAUGAUAAGAAUGAAUUUAGAAAAGUUAAGAUCAAGUUACCAAAAGCUUACCAGUACCGAAGUAAAGCCAGCUUGAAACAGAAAGAAAUUACUCUAUCUGAUUCACAAUUCAAUGUUUCAAAAAAUAAAUAUAUACUAAACGAUUGCAAACAAAGAGAAUCGUCUAAUUUCAUAACUUAUGCAGAGAAAAGUUCCCAAGUACUGGAGGAAGGCUCAUCUUUUCGAAAACUUAAAAACAUUCUUCCUUAUAAACCUUUACAACAAGACAUACUGCUGACAGAUAUCUACCACGAAGAAUAUUUAAAGUGUUCACCAGCUCAAGAACUCUUGGUUAGGACUACUGAUUCUUUUUUAAAUCCGGAAGAGAAAACGAGGACUAAUAAAUCUCCACCAAAUCAAGACGAGAAAACUAGGACUAAUGAAUCUGCACCCACACCAAAUCCAUACACUCUUUGUAGCAACCAUACUACUUAUCCACACCAAAAUAUUUUCCAGACAGCCAGUUCUUGCAGUAGAAACACAGAAUGUCUUGCCUCCAUGUUUAAAGUGAACCAGCUUUUCUCUUCGGCUGCCCACCAACCAAACUAUCUGUAUACAAAUCAACUGACCCAGAUGUUUUCUUCCCCCUGCAUCAACAUGUAUUCCUCUCCUUUGUUAAGUUUAGACAGUCCUGUGAAAGGUUUAUCUACGUGGCUGUCUCACUUUGCACCUCACCAGUUCAGUGUUGUUCCAGGACAUCAGCUUUCUUUGGAUUCCAAAGGAACUAACAUUACAACUGCAUGCUCUUCUUUCUCUUUUCAUCGAGGCUUACGCUCACUGCCGUAUCCACUGAAGAAGAAGGACGGAAAGUUGCACUAUGAGUGCAAUACUUGUUUCAAAACUUUUGGACAACUAUCUAACUUAAAAGUCCAUCUUCGAACCCACUCAGGCGAGCGGCCGUUCUGGUGUGUCAUCUGUGCGAAAAGCUUCACCCAACUGGCUCACCUUCAGAAGCACCAUUUGGUUCACACUGGGGAGAAACCACACCAAUGUGAAGUUUGUCAAAAGAGGUUCAGUAGCACCAGCAAUCUGAAAACCCACUUGAGACUACACAGUGGUCAAAAACCAUACGCUUGUGACUUUUGUCCAGCCAAGUUCACACAGUUUAUCCAUCUGAAGCUUCAUAAGCGGCUGCACACCAACGAGAGACCAUACAUCUGUGAAAAAUGCAAAAAGAAAUACAUCAGUGUUUCUGGACUGAGAUCGCAUUGGAAAAACACAGCUUGUCGACCAAAUACUGCACAUUGA